AUGGACGUGCCAGAAGAUGACUUGGUUGUUUUUUCUGGGCCGCGCUUGUGGAAGCCGCCAGUCUCUUUAACAGACUGCUCCUCCGAGUAUCUGAAAGACAAUCCCAUUCCUUAUUACCUUCUGAAGAAUCCUUUUGGGAAGGCAAAAACGAAAAAAAUUUCGCCUGCGUUUGAAAAACAAAUUUGGGACGGGCUUGGUAUUCUUAAUAAUCCCGAAAGCAAAAUUGAAAUGGUAGAUGUGGUUGAUUUGGCACCAGAGUCUAUCACUAAUAUACCGCAGAGUCUGUAUUACGCGAAAUCCGUUCCACCAAUUCAAUCAAGACGGGAGGUCAAACGCGAGCGCAAGGCUCUUAGGAAGGCAAAGCUGUCAAAAUGGUUCGAUUUACCACGAGGUGAUUUGACACAGGAGAACAAAGAUGACCUCGAAAUAAUUUCCAAGCGACGUGUUUUGGGUCUCGACUUGCAUACUCGGAAAGCAGAUGGACGAAGAACCCACUUCCAGGUUGGCACUGUCGUUGAUGAUCCCGGAUCCUUUUAUGAUCGUAUUCCUCGCAAGCAGCGCAAAAAGAAUCUGGUAGAUGAACUGCUAGCCAAUGCCGAAUACAUGAAGAAACAGCGCCGUCAGUAUGCGAUUUUGCAAAAGGCACAGCAAGAAAGAAGGGCAGCAAUUCUUCGCAAGAAAAAACAGCAGUUGAAGAAGGCAGGGAAGACAAAAACUGUGGAGAUUAACGAGUAA